UUUUUCUUCCAAGAUUUCAAAGAAAGCCAUACGACUCUUCCUCAGAAGUUGUUUGAUCAAGGUUUGACAAUAAUGGAAUGACAUGAAAAUCGAUAUUCUUCAGCAAUACUGUUUUGACAAUAUUCACCAUAAAUCAUGAUGGAAUCAUCCUCAGUUACCUCUUCCAUAUCACAAAACAGACAGAUAAACACUCAGCCAAGAUAACGUUUUGUACUCUGUGCCAGGGCAAUAGAGACACAUUAUUCUAGGUUGAAUCAGGCCACAGUAUACGCAUUGUUCCACGUUGCUCUCCAGCAGUCCUCCGUGACGUGGCUUAACUAUUGCCGAAUCAUUAUGAUAUUGUUUAUGGCAAGUCAUGCAAGGAUGACUCAUGCAUGAUUUACAUUGAAGAUUUCGUGUACCACUGUACACAUUCACCUAAGGAGUCGAAACGGCUUGGAUGUUAAGUUUUCAAGAUGUCGACCCCAGCGGAAAUAGGAACGGCAGGUGGCUUUGCUUACGGCUUGACGGAUGUAGACGGGGUUGUUCACAUGACUUUGAUUGCAGACAGGCUAAGAACUUUGAUGUCUCUUCGCCUCCGGGACGAUGACAUCCUGCUGUGUACAUAUCCUAAGUCAGGUACACACUGGACGUGGGAGAUCCUCAACAUGAUCGUGGCAGGCAAGGCUGAGUACGCCAAACACUGGCAGAAUUCUGCCUGGCUGGAAUACAGGACUGAAGAAGAACUGGAGGAACUGGCAUCACCAAGGAUCCUUCACACUCAUUUACUGCCACGGCAGCUGCCCGAGUCGGUAUGGAAGCUGGGAUGUAAGGUGGUGUGCGUCUGGAGAAACCCCAAGGACUGUGCUGUGUCCUACUUCUGUCAGGAGAGCAACCAGGUCUGGACAGAUGACUCAAAAGACACCUUCAACUUUACAGGGUCUUGGGACGACUUCCUUUCCUUGUAUCAGAAUGGUUACAUUGCAUAUGGGUCAAUAUUUGAUUAUAUUUUUGAUUGGACGAAAAGGGCUGAACAAUUUAGUAUCUGUCAAGUUCAGUAUAAAGAUAUGAAAAAGAAUUGCGUGAACGAGAUAAGAAGAAUGGCUGAAUAUCUCAACCGCCCUCUCCCGGAGAAAACCUACGUUGAGAUAGCAGAAGCAUGUUCCUUCAGCAACCUGAAACACGCCAACGAGAACAUCAAGGAUCAGACCUACCAUUUCAAUUGGCAACAGGGUUCAAGUGGAUACUUCCGAAAAGGAAAAAUCGGUGACUGGAAGAACUGGUUUACAGUGUCUCAAAACGAGAAGUUCGAUCAAAUAUACGAAACAAAGCUAAGGAAACCGUUCCCGUACUGAAAUACAUUUCCCGGAAUGGUUCUGGCUUUUGGGGAAAUCGUUAUUGUCGAAAAUGUGCAAUAGAAAUCCAAAGAGGUCUUUGUAAGCUUGGCAUGAAGGACAGAAUUUAUAACAUGUAUCUAAAUUCCCCCCAGGUAAGGAAAAACAUGUGGUAAUUAUUUACUAUUGUUUGACUUCAACCUGGAGAACAGGGAAUGAUUAUGCGUUGGUAACCAAAUAACCGAAUAAAAUUGAUAUUGA